UUUAAAAGACGUUUAGUUGAAAAACUGUUUGUGUGUACCGCACAGCAGUCUCUCUCGUCCAAGGCCCCUCUUAAUACGCUCGAUCAAAACAAAGUUCAAUGUUGCAAUGUUGGCAUCGCCGUUUCCUGGGUGUCCAUAUCCGGUUUACAGGAUGAAAGCUACGCAAAAUAAAUCUUCAAGACGGCGAUAAACCAUUUUACAGCAUGAAUUCUUUCGUCCAAAGCGAAAUCAGGGAAUUCUAUGAGAGAGUGAAACUUCAAGAACCGGAGAUAAAAAACCCGUUUCGUCAUCGCUUACAUUUGUCUUGGAUCAAGAAAAUCGAGGUCGCUUUAUGUUUUGUAUUCAUCUUCCCAAUUCGUCUCUGUGCCGCCUUAGUCGUGUUCACCCUCAUCAUCUUCGUGUCGAAUGUCAUCAUCUUCGGACGCGACCCCAGUGACGUCCGUAUCCCGCUGUCACCAUGGAGACGGAAACUCAAAGGCUUGCUGCGUUUUCUCGUACGGUCGCUUUUCUUCGUGAUGGGUUUCCAUUACGUACGCGUGAAAGGCAAAUUGGCGUCACCACAGGAAGCCCCUAUCUGUGUGUACGCACCGCACUCCUCCUUCCUGGACGUGCUACUAGCGAGUGUCCUCGAUGAAGUGCCCAGCGGUCUUUCCAAGGCUGAAAACUUUAGAAACCCCUUCUUGGGAGCAUUGUUCAUGGCUUCGGAGUCUAUUGGUGUGAGCAGAGAUUCGGCCAAGUCACGACUACAAUCUGUCGAGGAGGUCAAGUACCGGACGGUGGUCACCCGCGGACAGUGGCCUCACCUUGGUGUGUGUCCGGAAGGGACUUGUACCAACAGAAAAGCGCUAAUUACCUUCAAGGCAGGAGCUUUUAUCCCUGGAUGCCCAGUUCAACCGAUACUAUUCAAGUACCCUGGAACUCCGGAUGUCUACACAUGGGUCAAUGAUGGACCUUCAGGAUUUCAGCUUUUAAUGUUCAUCAUGUGUCAACUUCACCAUCCCGCAGAAGUCGAGUUCCUUCCCGUCUGGCAACCGAACAAUGAGGAAAUGGAAAAUCCAAAACUUUUCGCUGAAAACGUCCAAAACAGCAUGGCGAAAGCCCUUGGUAUCUCGACUACUGGACACUCAUUUGAGGAUGUAUUGUUGAUGAAAGAGGGCUCGAACCUCGGUCUCCCAGACGACGCCGCAGUAGUUGAAUUCCAAAAGGUUUCUUCUAAACUUGGAAUGAAUCUAGAUUAUAUGAAAGCGAGGCUAGGGAUGUUUGUCGCCAUCGACACCAACAGAGAUGGUUUGAUAACGCUGACCGAUUUCGCCCGGCACUACAGGCUCCCUAUAAGUAGCGCUCUCAAGCAGAUGUUUUCCGCUCUCGACCCGGAUAAUAAAGGUCAUGUAACGUUUCGUCAAUACCUUAUCGGAACAGCGUGUCUCGCGAAUAUCGGCUCCAGCAAGACCAUGGCACAGGACGCACUAACGGUGCUGCAGAGAUGUGGCAAAUCUAUUUCCGUGUUGUCGUCACUAGUGGACCAGCAAACUGUUCAAGGAUUAUUGCAAAGCAUGGACGACAUGUUCCGAGACGAGUUCAACGUGCGCAGCAGAAAUGAGGAGAUGCAAGCAUUUUUCAACUGUCAUCCAGAGUUUGUGGUUUUGAUUACACUAAUGACACUCCAAGUCAAGAGGGAAUCAUGAGCCAGAACUUCAGUUGAUGCAUGCAACAAUAGCAAAGUGUUAUAUACACAUUUUUCAAAAAAGGUUGCACCUGAGAAUCCAUGUAUUGUAACCCGCAGUGGUUCAUGGGUAUAAACGGCUGAAUCCAUGUAUCUGGAAGUUAUGUGAAUGAUUAUAUGAACAUAAACAAGGAUUCUAAAGCUUUUAAAACCUGGAUUUGUAUUUUAUUGGCGUUAUUUUCUUAUUUACUUGAUACCCAUGAAGCACUGCGGGUUAGGAUACACAGAUUCUCUGAGGGCAACCUUUUUGAAAUAGGUGUGUACUUUAAAGUCACUUCAGGGAUUUUGUCAAUUUAUGCAGUUCCUGGCACACUACACACUAGUAAGGCAUCGAAUAAGAGCUACGGUUCACAGGUUAAUUGACUCAACUUUCAAGGGAUGCAAGAUUUCUAUGUUUGCAAGGUAAGGAAGGGAUUGGAAGUGUGGUCAAACUUGACUGUGGUCAGGGCAGCAUAUGGCAGCAGCAAAGGGAGUAAAGAAGCCCCUUAAAGUGUCACCACCAAAAGAUGGUAACAAAAGAUUAUACAGUAAUGUAUGGUAUUUAAAUAAAAAAAAAGUAUGUAACAAA